AUGUCUCUGGAGCGAAAAGCACGUGAUGCUGAACUUUGGGCUUAUCGUCUAAUGCAUGAAACAGAUCGUCAUGGUUACGAUCCGUACUUAUGUCGUGCACAUUUAUAUGACUCAGAACCGAGUUGGCCACAGGAUUGGUUAUCAGCAUACGUACCUGUUCCCCAACGUUAUAUCAAUCAUCAUCGUUUAGUGUCAUCAUCAAGCAGUGGAGAUGGUGGUUAUAUGCAGUAUCUGGAUGAUGAUCCAAAUUUUACAGCUACUGUUGCACCGAUAAUUAAAACACAGCCAUCACUAUUUAUGAAGAAACAAGCAUUGCUGAAUGGUCCACCACCUGAUCCAUCUAGUAAUCAGAUGACACCAAACGAUCUUUUGUCUUUACGGACAGAAAUUGAAAAAUCCAGAGCUGAUUAUAAUGAGAAAAAAAAGAGUCUUCAAGAAAGGAUGACCGAAUUUCGGAACGAAAUUGAAAGUUUGAAAGUUGUAGAUCGUCAGUCGGAACAUGAUCGAAUCCAUGCAGCUAAUCUACAACUGGGUAUUGAUAAGUAUUCCACGCUUAGAAAGAGUGGCGCUGGAGCAACGAAGACUCGAGUGCAAGUGUUUGAUGGUCUCUAA